UAUUGAAUGGAAGCAAUACAUGUCCAUUCAAUAUCUAUAUAAGUGAACCAGGAACCAGAGAUAUAGACAGAUUCAAGCAUCAAGAAAUCCUUCUUAGUUUCUCUUCAAACUCUUAUGUAUCAAUACCAAUUAGAGUUUUGGGGUGGAUUGUCAAUUUUUUUGAUUGCCAAUUCACACAAGGUUUGUUGUAUCCUGGAAGUGGUUUGCGAUAAAUCCCUGCAACAAACUCAAUUCAAAUGGGAGCAAAUGACGCAGAAAGCGUCUUAACGCGCCUCAAGCCAUUAUUUUGAUUCCGAACCCAAAAUAUCCAAUAAUUUUAAAGCGUUGCUUCAAGCAAUGGAUUCAGAAUCAAGUAUGGCUUCUUUCAAGAUUAUGAAUCAAGAUUUUUUAAGAUUUGAUAGUUUCGAUGAUACAAAUUUUACUCGCUGGCAAGACAAGAUGAAGUUUCUUCUGACUACUUUGAAGGUGUUCUACAUUCUUACUGCACAACCAUUAGCAGAACCAACUGUCAAAGAUACCGAUGAACAAAAGAUGGAACGAAAGAAAAGAGAAGAAGAUGACUUGAUAUGUCGUGGUCAUAUUCCUAAUCCAUUAUCCAAUCGUCUCUAUGAUUUGUACAAUGAAACAAAGACUGCGAAAGAAAUAUGGGAUGCUCUUGAAAUAAAAUACAAAGCAGAACAACAUGUGCAAGUGCAGGAGUUGCAAGUUAUUGUGAACAAGAUUCGUUCUUUGAAAAUGGAUAUUCCUGAAGCGUUCCAAGUAGGUGUUAUAAUUGCAAAAUUACCACCCUCAUGGAAUGGUUUUAGGAAGAAACUUCUGCAUGAUUCCAAAGAUUUUAGUUUGGAAGAAAUUCAAAUGCAACUUCGUGUUGAAGAAGAAUUGCGCCUGCAUGACAAAAAGGUUGUUGUGAAUGAUCAUUCGAAAGUGAAUCUUGUUACUGAAUCUGGUUCCAAUAAUAACACCAAUAAUGCCCUUAAUUAAACCUAAGAAGGAGGAAGACAAAUUUAAGAAAUCCUCAUCUAAGAAGAAAGGUUCUUGCUAUAAUUACGGGAAAAAUGGACAUUACAUCAGUGAAUGUCAACAUUUAAAGAAAUCCCAAAAGGAAACCAACAUGGUGGAGGAUAAGAUCGUAGCCAUGGUUACUGAAGUAAAUAUGUCAACCACAACAUCUGGAUGGUGGUUUGAUACAUGGGCCACAAUACAUGUUUGUUAUGACAAAACAAUGUUCAAAACUUAUGUAAAAGUUUCUGAUGGCCAAUAAGUUCAAAUGGGUAACAACAAUCGUGCCAAGGUGUUAGGCAAAGGAAGUGUUGAACUCUUUUCACAUCCGGAAAGAAAAUGACUCUCAUCAAUGUUCUCCAUGUUCCGAACAUAAGAAAGAAUUCAGUUUCUGCAACUUUAGUUGGGAAACAAGGAAUUCGUGUUAUUUAUGAUUCUGGCAAAUUAAUUUUUUCGAGAAAUGGAGAAUUUGUUGGCAAGGGAUAUCUCAGUGAUGGGAUGACUAAGUUAAAUAUUGAUUGAAUUUACCAUAUACUAAGUAACUACAACAAUAAAUGGUUGAAUGAAGUAGUAUGUAAAUCCAUCAUCACUGAAUAAAAUUUAUGUUCUUUAUUA